AUGUCUCGUACAUACAGCACCUCGCCUAAGUUGCCACAAUUGAACCAGAAGAGUUUUCUGGGCUACAUCCAGAAGGAUUGCGAUCUUGAAUCCUUCACGAACCCUCCCGCCGUGCCGCGCCUAUAUGAAGCUUCGCGAGCCGUGGCUGCCCGGUACCUCGUGUUGUAA